AUGGAGGAGCAGGAGGAGAGGGCGUCUCACGUGGACCUGCCGCAGAGAGCAGCGUGGCAGAGCUGUGCUCUGGUGCCGGGUGACACCAUCCCUGUGGCCUCUGCCUGCCUGGACAUGGCUGUGGUGACAGGCAUGCGUGAAGGUGGAGCCCUUGGGGCAGAGGAUGGUGACAAGGCGACCCCUCCACUGCCCCCAGGAGUGCCAGAGUUGGGGUUGCAGGAGAGCAGAGCAACCCAGUCCCACCAAGAUUCCCUGCGGACCCUCCCUGGACAAGCCCAGGACCCCCAGCAGGACCCACCACCUCAAGCGCCGGCACUUGAUAGGCCCCUGAAUGCGACGGAUGGGCUCGAACACGACCAGACAGAGAGAUCCCCCCAGGUUGCUGGUGCUGGAGUGGUGAAGAAGAAACCCUGGUUGAACGGGGACACCUUGAUAGCCAUCUGCCCAGGACGGGGCCUCUCCGCCGAGAACAGCCUGCUGCGUAGGAGCUGCUUCCCCGAGACCGAGGAGAAGGUUAAGCACCUGAAGAGGAAGAACGCCGAGCUGGCCGUGAUCGCCAAGCGCCUGGAGGAGAGAGCCCGCAAGCUGCAGGAGGCAAACCUCAAAGUCGUAACAGCUCCGGUGCCUCUGAAGGGUUCCAGUCUGGAGCUGUGUAAAAAAGCAUUCGCCCGGCAGCGUGCCAAAGACCUGACGGAGCAAGCCAGUGCCCUCCUGGCCAAAGACAAGCAGAUCGAAGCUCUGCAGCAGGAGUGUCGGGAACUGCAGGCUCAACUCAUUGCAGGGAAGGCCGACGCCGGCUGCCUCCACGUCCCCGACUUCGACCGCCUGCUGCGGGAGUCGCAGAAGGAGAUGAGGCACCAAUGGGAGCUGGGGCUUGAGAGCUUCCUGGGCCGACUGCUGCACUGCGGGAUCAGCCGAGCGGGAGCCGCUGGCUCUGGGUACCGGGAGCUGCUCAGCGCAGCCUCUUCUCCCUUGGUGUGCGCAGCUUGCUCUCUUCUGGUUGUCUCUGAACUCACUGGGGUCUCUCUUCCUCUUCAGGUGGAGCCAGGUGUGCUACCUUUGGGACCUACUUGUGAAGAACAUGAAAAUUUCCCUCCCAAAAAUGCAAUAACAGGACAAGAGACCGGCCAGCAGAUAGAGCAUCUGGAAAUUGAACUCAAAAAAAAGCGCAAAAAAUGUGAAAACCUUGAACAUGAAGUGAGGAAAAAGCAUAAAAGAUGCAAAGAACUAGAGAUCCAGCUGCAGGAGAUACAGAGUGAAAAUGCACGACUGGCUGAAGAGAACUCGCAGCUAAACGAGAAGGCUGGAUGGGCAGGGCAGGUUGAAUCUGAGAAUGCUGACCUGAAGUUGCAGGUUGUUUUGGUUACUAAGGAACGCGAUUCAGUGAUUCAGACGAAUCAAGGACUCCAAAUCAAGCUGGAGAAUCUAGAGCAGGUGCUGAAGCACAUGAGAGAUGUGGCUGAGCGAAGGCAGCAGCUGGAAGUUGAGCACAAGGAAGCGCUGCUGGUGCUGAAGGAGAAACAAGAGGAGGUCAGACGGUUGCAGCAGGCCCAGGCAGAGGCAAAAAGAGAACAUGAAGGAGCAGUGCAGCUUCUAGAGAGUACUUUGGAUUGCAUGCAGGCUCGGGUAAAGGAUCUGGAAGACCAGUGCCGCACUCAAACAGAGCAGUUCAGCCUCCUGUCUGAGGAGCUCAAACAGUUCCGGCUUCAGACGGGGAAAAUUGACCUUCUCACCUCCACACUGGUGACCUCGGAGCCUCCCCUCACCCUGUGCAGCUCCACCCCGCAGCCCCGCUGGGAGAAGGAUUCAACUGUUGUCCCUGCAUUGCCGACUCACCAGGACACAAAGAAGACCCACAAUGAAGAGGUUGAGCUGGAAACCUCACAGCGGAUGCCUGAUGCUACUGUUGGCUCUCCAGUUGUUGCUACCAGCUCUCAGAAACAAGCCAAGAGGGUGGAAUCUCAGUCAAGCUCUUCAAAAUCUGAAUCCAUGCAGAACAGUCCCAAAUCCUGCCCGACUCCAGAGGUGGACACUGCAAGUGAAAUGGAGGAACUGGAUGUUGACAGCAUCUCUCUAAUUCCCGAGUCAGGCAGCCACGGCCCCGCAAAACUGCAGGUCUUCUUAGCUCGAUACAGCUACAAUCCUUUUGAUGGACCUAAUGAAAACCCCGAGGCUGAGCUUCCACUGAUUGCUGGAGAGUAUAUUUACGUCUAUGGAGAUAUGGACGAGGAUGGCUUCUUUGAAGGGGAGCUGAUGGACGGCCGGCGAGGGCUGGUCCCCUCCAAUUUUGUUGAGCGGGUUUCAGAUGAUGACCUCAUGACAUUUCUGCCUUCGGAGCUGAAUGAUCUCACCCAUAGUUCAUACCAGGAGAAAAGUUUUGUCAGUGCAAGUACCAGCAGUGGAGAUAAGAGUGAUUACUCCAUUGAAGAGAGUAGCAUCAGCCCACUGACCAGUAGAGCAGAAGGAGACCAGGAGGAGCCUGUUAGUCACACAGCAGUGCCUUAUCCAAGAAAAUUGACUUUGAUCAAGCAGCUUGCCAGAAGCAUAGUUGUAGGCUGGGAACCCCCACUCUUACCAGCUGGCUGCCCAGACAUACAGAGCUACAACAUCUAUGUGGAUGAAGAGCUACGACAAAAUGUGAAGAGUGGCUUUCAGACCAAAGCAGUGAUUGAAAAGCUGGAUUUAAAGACAAAGUCUUACCGUGUAUCUGUGCAGAGCGUGACAGAGCAAGGCCGUUCUGAUAGACUGCGAUGCACUUUCUUUGUGGGGCAAGAUCUUUGUGUGGCGCCAACUAUGCUGAAAGUCCGAAGCGUCACGGCCACAUCUGCAGAGGUCAUGUGGCUCCCCUGCAACAGCAAUUACAGCCACGCAGUGUAUCUCAAUGGGGAGGAAUGUGACAUAGCAAAACCCGGGGUGUACUGGUACACCUUCCGCAACCUGCAGCCCAGCACCCAGUACGUUGCCAAGCUGGAGGCCCGGCCCUUGAAAGCACCUUGGGAAGAGCUGCCAGAGGGGCAGGAGCAGCACUCAGCUGUGGUACACUUCACUACCCCGCUAGCAGGUACUCCCGAUGCUCCCCUGGAUGUCCAAGUGGAACCUGGUCCUUCCCCAGGUAUCCUCGUGAUCAGCUGGUUGCCUGUCACUAUCGAUGCGGAGGGAUCUUCCAAUGGAGUCCGCGUCACCGGUUACGCCGUGUACGCGGAUGGGCAGAAGGCAAUAGAAGUUACCUCUCCAACAGCUGGGAGCAUCCUGGUGGACCUGUCCCAACUUCAGAUGUUCCAGGUGUGCCGGGAGGUUUCUGUGAGAACCAUGUCCCUGUAUGGGGAGUCAGUGGAUUCAGUUCCAGCUCAGAUUUCCUCAGUCUUGCUGAGAGCUUCUCGUCAUUCUUCACCUUCAGAUUCUGCUGUUUCUACCAGUUUUACCUCUAGGCUGCCCUUUGGAGAAUCGAGGGGUUCUCUGCCUACGCGCAAACCACCCACACACCAGAGAGCUCCACUCCUCCUUCAGCAGAAAAUUCCCCCUGGUGGUUCAGAUGCCAAAUUGACUGAUCUUGCCUCUAGCUGUGAUGGUUCAGCACAAUCUCUGCUAGAGAAGGCCUCUUCACAGCAAAACCCCUCCUCUCCCAGUGAUUCCUUUGUGCAGGUUUCAGACACUUCCUCAAAGGGUUCAGACACUGCACAAGACAAGAAAAGCCUGACUGUCCUUCCUCAGCAAGCCAGCAGCCCAGGGCUCCCAAGUGAGGACACAGAGCCUCUAUCUCCAGGCGAAGCCGAACUGAAGGGCCCAGGUGAAGGAAUGGAAGCACAGAUGGAGCUCUCUGUGACCAGAGCAUCAGAGCUGGAAGGUCAAUCCAACAGCAGUCUAAAGAUCCAUAUGGAGACCUGCCUUGCAUGCUCUGUGGAGGAGCCACCAAAAGGACCUGAUGCUGAAACAGAAGCAAAGGAGAAGCACUUGAGCCCAGAGCCUCUGCCCUCCUCCAGCCAGGCUGAAGGAGCAGAGAGCAAUUCCCAAGACUCAAGCACGAGUGAGAGCGUAUGCCAGGAAUUCCCAAGAUUGUCUCCUGUCAAGGAGGUGAUGAAAGAAAUGUCCAGAGGAGACUCUGGAAUAGUGUCUAGAGUGAAGAGAGAGCAAGAAGAGAAAAUGUCUGAAAUGGGAAGACGUCAGCUGGCCCUUUUUGCUGAGCACAACCGCAGUUCUGACCUUUCAGAUAUUUUAGAAGAGGAGGAAGAGGAGGAACUGUCUUCAGAAGCACUGGAAGAGAAGAAAUGGGAUGCAAGAGAGUCCUGUUACCGGGAAAAUGGGGAAAAGAUGGAUCUUUGUGAUACAGACAGCGAUGAGGAGAUUCUGGAGAGGAUACUAGAGCUCCCGCUUCAGAAGAACCACAGCAAAAAAUUGUUUAGCAUCCCAGAAGUGACUGAGGAUGAGGAAGAAGAUGAAGAUGAGAAGUGUGUUCUGGAGGAAAAGGCAGAGCGUCAAAAACCCGUGGAAAGACCUACUCACCAUGCAGGAGAGACGGAGAAGCUGCUUGACAUCCAGAAGCCAUUUCCGAAGCCAGAUGGCAGUGAAAACUCCCCGGCUCUGCCUGCUCAGGCUCUGCAGGAGGAACGUGCUGUUACGGAGAGCAGAGGGGAUGCCGACCAAGAGAAUCCGGCCUUUGGGCAGCUCGCCUGGAAUCCGAAAAGGCCAAACUGGACCUGGGCCUACCAGGAGAGCAAUCUGAAGUCUGUGAGUGGGGCAAGUCCCUGUUGGAGCAAGAAGAAGGGAAAUAAUCACAGAGAGAGGAGCCGGAGUCGGCCUGAGAUGGGUAGGAAGAGACAGAAUGAUUUCACAGAGCACUGCAGUCGUCUGGGCAACUGCAGCCAGAUGGGGAGCGGGUUGUACAGAGCUCCUAGCCUCAGGGAAGAUCUGCACAUUGUGAGCAGUGCUGGUGGCAAGGAGGGCUUCGAUGCCUACAGUCGUGCCAGACAAGGCGCCUCACGGAACAAGCCCAGGAAGGCGGCGGUUUCAGGGCUUGCAGAAGCUCCUGUGGUGGCAGCGCGCUGCUCCAGCCCCAAGAGCCUGGAGAUAGAUAUUGAGUAUGACUCAGAAGAUGAUCAGGAUUCAGUCUGCGCAUCCCCGCCGGAGAGCAGGCCAUGGCCAGAUGGCAGAGCAGAAGGAUCCCAAAGCUGCCAGGGGGAGUGGAGUGAUUGUUCCAGUCGGUCUGAGGCUGCCCACAUUGGUGGCAGAAGGGACCUGACCAGACGGGAGAUGGUUGAAGAACAGGGUAUGGAGUGGGCUGGGUCUCCGAGCAGUCGCCUGCGAUUCCUCUGCCAGGAUAAGGAAGUGCUGAGGUGUGAGAGCAGCUCUGAGGAGCAGGGCUGGGAGUUGGACUGUAAGUCACCUGGCCGGAGAAGGAGGCUUGAACAUCCUUGGAAGGGGAUACGUAGCACCUCCUUGCACAAAAGGGCUUCUGGUCAUAAAGAUCCUAGGGGCCAGGAGCUGCCCGGCUCAGCCGCCUGGCAGGCUCCCAGCAGAAGGAGGAACAGGAGCAUAAGAAGAAGCCAAACGCAGAAGCCUUUGCUCUCUAGUCCAGGUCCUCCAAGGAUCGUGGCUUCAGAAACUGCUGUCGAAGAUGAUGCCAUUAGGAUAUUUGUGGCCCUCUUUGACUAUGAUCCUGUUUCUAUGUCUCCUAAUCCUGAUGCGGCAGAAGAGGAACUCCCGUUUAAGGAGGGUCAGAUCCUGAAGGUGUGUGGAGACAAGGAUGCUGAUGGCUUUUACAGGGGCGAAUGUGCAGGAAGGGAAGGGUACAUCCCCUGUAACAUGGUAUCUGAAGUCCAGGUGGAGAAUAGUGAAGUCAAGAAGCAGCUCUUAAAGCAAGGGUUCAUUUCUGCUGACACGCCGAUGGAGAGUGUAGGAAAUGGCACAUUUUCUCCACCUCCACGCCGCCAAACCGUCCCUCCUCCAAAACCCAGACGCUCCAAGAAAGAACUGAAUAAACAGGAGAAGUACAAGUCUCAUCCAG